AGAGAGGGCAGAGCUACAGGAAAGCCAGCGGAGGAUAGGGAGCAGAGCCCAGGGCCCCGGAGAAGCCCCGUCCUCUCUGGGACCCCCGGGGCAGAGGCAGCCCAGUUGGGGGGAGGGGAGGAAUACGGCGGGUGGUAAAGGCCGAGGCGGCGGGUUCGCGGGCGAGGCCCCUUUAAGGCUCUCCCCUCCCACCGGCGGCGCAGGCCUCCGCCCGCCGCUCUCCCCGCCCCGGGGUCCCGGCGAGAGCUGCGAUUGGGCGGGUGCGGCGAUCCCUUUGAAGUGUAGCUGCCGAUCGCGGCUAUUUGACGUGCGGCUCGCGAAAGGCGAAGGUUUUUGUGUUGCUCGCCGGGGCUAGCGGCGGCGGCGGCGGCGACGUCGUCGUCGUUGGAGGAGGGGUGGAGGCGCAGCGACUGCUGCACCGCGCUCGGCGCUGCGGAGCGAGCCCACCCGCCCCGGAGCGAGCCCACCCGCCCCGGGAGCUCGCCUCCCGGUGGUCCCCCUCCCUCCCCGCCCCCCCUGUGGCGCUGCCUCCUCCAAAUGAGCGAUUCGCCCGCUGGAUCUAACUCAAGGACACCCGAAAGCAGCGGCAGCGGCGGCGGCGGGAAGAGGCCGGCAGUGCCGGCGGCGGUGUCCCUCUUGCCUCCGGCGGAUCCCCUGCGCCAGGCGAACCGGCUCCCUAUCAGGGUCCUGAAGAUGCUGAGCGCUCACACCGGCCACCUCCUGCACCCGGAGUACCUGCAGCCGCUGUCCUCCACUCCCGUCAGCCCCAUUGAGCUGGACGCCAAGAAGAGUCCUUUGGCGUUGCUGGCCCAGACUUGCUCGCAGAUCGGCAAGCCGGACCCGCCGCCCUCGUCCAAGCUCAACUCGGUAGCGGCGGCCAACGGGCUGGGAGCGGAGAAGGACCCUGGCCGCUCGGCCUCGGGCGCCGCCUCCGCGUCUGCGGCGCUCAAGCAGCUGGGGGACUCCCCGGCCGAGGACAAGUCCAGCUUCAAGCCCUACUCCAAGGGCUCCGGAGGCGGCGACUCUCGCAAAGACAGCGGCUCCUCCUCCGUGUCCUCCACCUCCUCCUCCUCCUCCUUGUCCCCGGGAGACAAGGCGGGCUUCAGGGUCCCUAGCGCCGCCUGCACGCCCUUUCCCCCGCAUGGAGCGCCGGUCUCGGCGUCGUCGUCCUCGUCCUCCCCCGGCGGCUCCCGGGGCGGCUCCCCGCACCACUCUGACUGCAAGACCGGCGGCGGGGGCGCCGGCGGGGAGCUGGACAAGAAAGACCAGGAGCCCAAGCCCAGCCCGGAGCCCGCGGCCGUGAGCCGAGGCAGCGGUGGGGAGCCGGGUGCGCAUGGCGGCGCCGAGGCCGGGGCCUCCGGGCGCAAGUCGGAGCCGCCCUCCGCGCUGGUGGGGGCCGGCCACGUGGCGCCGGUGUCGCCCUACAAGCCGGGCCACUCGGUGUUCCCGCUGCCACCCUCCAGCAUCGGCUACCACGGCUCCAUUGUGGGCGCCUACGCCGGCUACCCGUCUCAGUUCGUGCCUGGCCUGGAUCCGAGCAAGUCUGGCCUCGUGGGAGGCCAGCUGUCGGGGGGCCUGGGCCUGCCCCCGGGCAAGCCCCCCAGCUCCAGCCCGCUCACCGGGGCCUCCCCGCCGUCCUUCCUGCAGGGAUUAUGCCGCGACCCCUACUGCCUGGGAGGUUACCACGGCGCCUCGCACCUCGGCGGCUCCAGCUGCUCCACCUGCAGCGCGCACGACCCAGCUGCGCCUGGCCUGAAGGCGGGGGGCUACCCGCUGGUGUACCCCGGGCACCCGCUGCAGCCCGCCGCGCUCUCGUCCAGCGCCGCCCAGGCCGCGCUCCCCGGCCACCCGCUCUACACCUACGGCUUCAUGCUGCAGAACGAACCGCUGCCGCACAGCUGCAACUGGGUGGCGGCCAGCGGGCCGUGCGACAAGCGCUUCGCCACCUCGGAGGAGCUGCUCAGCCACCUACGGACUCACACGGCCCUGCCCGGCGCCGAGAAACUUCUGGCCGCCUAUCCGGGGGCCUCGGGCCUGGGCAGCGCCGCCGCGGCCGCUGCGGCCGCCGCCUCUUGCCAUCUGCACCUCCCCCCGCCGACCGCCCCCGGCAGCCCCGGGUCGCUGUCCUUGCGGAGUCCACACACUUUGGGCCUAAGCCGGUACCACCCUUACGGCAAGAGCCACUUAUCCACAGCCGGGGGCCUGGCCGUGCCGUCCCUCCCCACAGCCGGACCCUACUACUCACCAUACGCGCUGUACGGACAGAGACUGGCCUCAGCCUCCGCGCUCGGAUACCAGUAACUACAGCCCUGCUUCCCUCCCCAGCCUCCUCUCCUCCCCGCCGCCGCCUCCCUUCCCCACCCGCCUCCGCUGCCUCCUCCACCACUGCUUGUCCCUGCCGGACCCCCGCCCAGACCCCCCCCUCACCGGACUGUGUAUUUAUUUACUGUAAUGUUAGCUUACAAGCUGGGAAUAUAAGUGCAUUAACGGCCCACACGAGUCAAUGGUAUGCAAAGAGUCUGUUCCCCCCCAAAUAAUAAUAUUAAUCACACAGGUAACUACAUGUCCCCCUUCCCUCUUCCUUUCUCUUCCAUUUUUUUCUUUUACUUAGAUGUAAGUUUCCGGUUUUUUUUUUCCCUUUUGCGCUUUUUUUUUUUUUUGAUUGGUUUGGUUUUAUGGGGAGGAGGGGGAGUUGGGGGUUCUUUUUGUUUUCCCUUCCUGGGGAGUUUCUUGCAUGCUUCUUAACUGUUCAAACUACACUUCCUCCUUCUCUUCUCCCCUCCUUUCCCCUUCAUUCCUUCUUGUUUCCAUCCAUUUGAGGUUCUGUUUUUUUCCUUUGUACGAGUAACAGAGAGGAGGUAUUUUUUGUAAGGCAUUUGGGGGUGCAGGGAGCAGCCUUGGGAGCUAGAGGUCUUGCCCUCUUAUGGACCUGGAACUUUGCUCUGUGACCCCUGACCUGCCACUCUCUCUCCCUAGGCUCCUUGGUCUGCGCCCUGGCCCCCCAAAUUAGAGCCUUGCUCCCCGAUCUUGCUCUGAGGACGGGUCAGUGGCCGGAGAGGCGCCUCCAACAGAGCCUUUCUCCUCCCAGACUCUUCCAGGCCCCAGACACCGGGUGGUCACACUGCCUGAUGGUGAGGGGCCCGCAGGGCUCACUUCACUGAAGCAAAAGUUCUAGAAGGCCCUGCUGGCAUGGAACUUUGCUCUUUAUAGUUUGCAAAGUGCUUUUAUAGUCAUUGUUUUUCUCUAGCUAUUGUGGCUGUGGUCCCUGUCCUGGCGAUGGGGGCUGGGUGGGUGAUUCUUGCUAGAUCCUUCCAAAGCAGACCAGUGGUGGUAUCAGCUGGCAGCACAGCCUUGUUAGCACCAUUGGGGGAGUUAGGGAGCACACGGAUCACAGCAACCCCGGUGGCCCCCUCCCAGGCCUGACCCUAGAGUCCCCAAAGUUGGCCGUGGGCUCCCUCAGUUACUGGGAUUGAAGGCUCGGCCCCGGGGUCUUCACCCAACACCCUCCCUCCCUCCCUCCCGGCCUUAUGCAGCUGCGCAAGGGCUGCGGGGCCUGUUUGGGAUGAAUAGAGCUCUCCCUUGGUAAGACUUAUUUUGUUAAUAAAUGGAGUACUUGGCUAUAUUCA